AAUCAAGGAACCGGCUUUACUGACGAUGACAAUAGCGUGCGAUUUAUCAUGCAGCUCUAAAAAUACAAUAACUUUCUAUUUACAAGUGCAGCAUGAAACAACUGACAACAGCUGACAAAAAUCAUUAGACAAGUAUUUUUCCUUGAAAUCUACUGAAACUGUGAAUGAUCUUAAAGGUAUUUUUUAUUUAUGUUUUACUUUAUAGUUGAUUUGAAAGGUAUUCAGGGGUACUGCCACCAAUAGUAAUAUGGACGGUGCAAACACAGUAACUGUGGGAAAUGAAGAGUCAAGAGAAAUAGAUGUGGAGUCAAAGUGGAGUUCACAGAUAUGUUAUGACUACAGAAGGAAACUGUGUAGACUUUUACCAGUGAAUCAUAAAGAAGAGAUUGUAGAGCUGUUGAAACUGUCUGGACCUGUGUUUAUAUCUCAGCUGAUGAUCUUUCUCAUCAGUUUCGUCAGUACUGUGUUCUGUGGACACUUGGGGAAAACCGAACUGGAUGCUGUUGCUCUUGCCACUGCUGUUAUUAAUGUUACGGGGAUCUCUAUUGGUUGUGGUUUGGCGUCUGCAUGUGAUACACUCAUUUCGCAGACGUUUGGCAGUAAUAAUCUGAAGCGGGUUGGUGUGAUACUACAGAGAGGGAUUCUCAUCCUUCUGUUGGCCUGUUUUCCCUGCUGGGCUCUGUUCAUAAAUACAGAGCCGAUACUACUGGCUGUCAAACAGAGUCCAAGAGUGGCCAGUCUGUCACAACGCUAUGUAAAUAUAUUCAUACCAGCUCUGCCUGCCUCGUUUAUGUAUCAGUUGCAGGGAAUGUAUCUUCAGAAUCAGGGUAUUAUUUGGCCUCAGGUGAUCACAGGAGCAGUUGGGAAUGUCCUCAACGCUCUCAUAAAUUACAUCUUCCUUUAUCAGCUUGAUCUUGGUGUAACAGGAUCUGCUGCAGCAAACACAAUAUCACAGUAUUCAUUAGCUGUGUUUCUAUACGUCUACAUCCGCUGGAGAGGUCUGCAUAAAGCCACGUGGGACGGUUGGUCUCGUGACUGUCUGCAGGAAUGGGGAGCUUUUGUUCGCCUGGCCCUUCCCAGCAUGCUCAUGAUGUGUGUAAAGUGGUGGACUUAUGAGAUUGGUGGAUUUCUGGCAGGACUUAUCAGUGAGUCUGAGCUGGGAGCCCAGUCUAUUGUCUAUGAAUUGGCCAGCAUCACAUACAUGUUUCCUUCGGGGUUUGCAGUGGCCGCCAAUGUGAGAGUUGGAAAUGCACUCGGAGCUGGAAACACAGAUCGAGCCAAACUUUCAGCCAAAGUCUCUUUAGUCUGUGGAUUUCUUGUUUCCUGUGUGAUUGCGGCUGUUAUUGGAGCUACCAGUAAUAUUGUAGGAUACAUCUUUAGCACAGAAAGGGACAUUGUGCUCAGAGUUUCACAGGUCAUGGUUAUGUAUGGCUUUGUUCAUCUAUUUGAUGCCAUUUCGGUUAUAACAAGUGGAAUUGUCAAAGGUGCUGGAAAGCAACUGAUUGGUGCUCUGUGUAACAUUGUUGGAUAUUAUUUGAUUGGAUUACCAAUAGGAGUCACCCUUAUGUUUGCUGUCAACAUGGGAAUUAUUGGUCUGUGGGUUGGGCUUUUUGUAUCUGUUUUUCUUCAAUCUUUGUUCUUCAUCAUUCUCAUUUGGAAAAUGGACUGGAAGAAAGCAACUCAAGAGGCUUUGGUCAGAGCAGGUGUACAAGAUCCUGAAACCAAAAAUGAAUGUUACGCAAUGAAAAGCAGGGGCUUCACAGAAGAAGUAUCACAGGUGCCACAGCCAACUGAAGGACAUCAAGCGGAUGCAAACACAGAUCUGGAAGCUGUUAGUAAAGAAAGCGGAUCAGUAGAGGUUGUUGCAUUGGUCACAGUUGGAGAGGUCUUAACCACCAAACAGCUGGUGGUCUGUCGAGGACUUUCUGUUUUCUUUAUGCUGCUAGCACUCAUCGGAGGGAUUGUGUUGAAUAAGGUCCUGACUACAUAAAUUAUACUUUUUUAAAUUAGAUUUUAAUUUUUUAAUAAACCCAAUUUUAAAUAAACCCA